CCAGGCCCCGUUGCCAGGGAGCGGCAGCAACCGUCGCCACGGCGACCGCGGCCACUUCCUGCCCGGGCGGCCUCCGCCCAGCAACAGCUCUCGGCCAAUCAGAGGCCGGGCAGCGGCCCCGUUUCGGGGCCCGGAGCCUGCAGCCAAUCAGAGGGCUCCCGGCACAUCUGGAAGGCGUCAGCGGGGCGGGGGCUGGGCCGGGCCGAGCGGCGCUGCGGGACGACACGGGACGACACGCGCCGACACGCGCCGACACGCGCCGACACGCGACCCCCCCCGUGACCCCCCCGGCCCAGCCAUGAGCUUCCUGCUCUUCGCCGUCUCGGCCCUCCACGUCCUCGUCCUCGUCUUCCUCUUCGUCGCCACGCUGGACAAGGGCUGGUGGGUGCUGCCGGGCGCCGGCGGCGUCAACCUGUGGUUCGACUGCGUCCGCCCCAACGGCAGCAGCGCCUGGGCCUGCGCCAGCGUCGCCGACGGCCCGUGGCUGCGGGCCCUGCAGGCGCUGGUGGUGGGGGCCCUGCUGCUGUCCAGCGCCGCCUUCGCCCUCUUCCUCUGGCAGCUGCACGCGGGGCCCCGCGGGAGGCUCUUCGGCGCCUCGGGGGGCGCCCAGCUGCUGGCCGGGGCGGCGGCCUUCGGGGCGGGGCUGCUGGCGGCGCUGCAGGGGGGGGCUGGCAGGCGGGACGCCCCCCCGGCGGCCGCUUCGGCCACUGCUUCGUGCUGGCCUGGCUGGCCGCCCCCCUCGCCCUGGCCAGCGGCGUCACCUACCUGCGCCUGCGCAAGCGCGAGUGACCCCCCCGCGCCCGCCACGCGCCCCCGACACGCCAAGGACACGCCAAGGACACGCCAGCGACACGCCAAGGACACGCCUGCGACACGCCAAGGACGCGCCACCACACGCCAGCGACACGCCUGCCACACGCCAGCGACACGCCCGCCCGCCGCCCACACGUCUGCUGCACGGCCACGCGCCGACGCGUCUGCGACACGUCAACGUGUCAACGGCACGUCUGCGACACGCCAAUGCGCUGCCGACACGUGCGACAUGUCAAUCUGUCAACGACACGUCUGCGACACGUCAAUGUGUCAACGGCACGUCUGCGACACGCCAAUGCGCUGCCGACACAUCUGCAACAUGUCAAUGUGUCAACGACACGUCUACGACACGUCAACGUGUCAACGACACGUCUGCGACACGCCAAUGCGCUGCCGACACGUGCGACAUGUCAAUGUGUCAACGACACGUUUGCGACACGUCAACGUGCUGCCAACACGUGUGCGACACGGCAAUGUGUCAACGACACGUCUGCGACACGUCAACAUGCUGCCGACACGUCUGUGACAUGUUAACGUGUUAAUGACACAUUUGCGACACGCCAAUGUGUCAAGGACACGUCUGCGACAUGCCAAUGUCUCAACGACACAUCUACAACAUGUCAACGUGUCAACGACACGCCAGCAACACACCAAUGCGCUGCCGACACGUCUGCAACAUGUCAAUGUGUCAACGACACGCCAGCAACAUGCCAGUGUGUCAACAACAGGCCAGCAACACGCCAAUGUGUCAACGACACGUCUGCAACAUGUCAAUGUGUCAACAACAGGCCAGCAACAUGCCAAUGUGCAGACGUGUUUGCAACAUGCCAACACGUCAACGACACGUCUGCAACACGCCAAUGUGCUGCCGACACGUCUGCAACACGGCAACACGCCAAGGUGUCUGCGACACGCCAACGUGCUGCCGACACGUCUGCAACGUGCCAAAGCGGUGGCAACACGUCUGCAACACGCCAACGCAACGACAUGUCUGCAACACGCCAAUGUGCUGCCAACGUGUGUGCAACACGCCAACAUGUCUGCAACAUGCCAAGGUGUCAACGACACGUCUGCAACACGCCAACGUGCCGCCAACACGUCUGCAACACGCCAACACACCGACGUGUCUGCAACAUGCCAACGCGCCUGCAACACGCUUGGAACACGCCAACGUGCCUGCAACAUGCUUGGAACAUGCCAACGCGCUGCCCGCGCCCCUGCGACACGCUAAGGACACGCCACCACCAUGCUGUGGCCUCGUGGCCCCCGCCGUGGCCGUGCGGAGCAGCCGAUGUCACCGCUGCCGGGCCGUGACGUCACGGUGAUGUCAUCGCGGUGAUGUCGCCACACAAGGUGACGUCAGCGGCCGUUUCUUCCCCUUUUCCCCUCUCCCAGCACCGGAGUUCCGCGCGGGAAUAAAGGUGGCGGCGGCGGCGUGA